AUGAGGGGCAACACCGUCGCGGACACUUGGGCGCGAAUACCUGGCCUCUCGUCAUACUGGUGUCUGCAGAUCCAAUGGCGCGUCGACGAAGACGUCGUCGCUGCUCUCACCGAGCCUCGCUACCCUGUUCCUGACGAGAGUCUCGACACCAUCAUCCUCGUGCAGACCAUCUACCUUCUCCAGCUCUUCCUCCACCUUCACGAGUUCGACCCCUGCAUCAAGGAAGGCGACCCGGACGAGGAGCUCCUCCGCCUGUUCCAGGACAAUCUCGCCCGCGAGUUCAAUGCCACCUACGGCACAGCCCACGCCCGCUUGGAUCGAGGACCCUGUCCGGAUGGCGAAUCACUCGAGCGCGUCGUGCGCGGGCUCAUGCUCGCACAGAGGGAGGCGGGUCAGCAACAGCCCGAGCGCUCCCGCUCCUCGCACUCCGACUCGCCUGACUCUACCAAGUCCAGACUGCAGCAGCUGCUCGUCCAGCUCGUGGCCGAGCUUAACAAGCCCGUCUACAUGCACAAGUCUCGGUACGAGGAGACCCACGGCCCACGGACAGACGAGACGUGGGCUGCGCGCUUUGCAACGCGUGUCAUUCAGUGGCGCUUCCAUAUGCGCAACCCAUUGGUCCAGCCAGCCCUGAGGGACCAGAUCAUCCGCGUUGUCGAGGACGCCCACGCGCUGGACGAGGAGGGCUUGGAGGUGUAUCGCAUGCUGAGGACCGCGGCGCCCGGCUUCAUCCACGUCGUCACGCCCUUGCAGCCCGACCUGCAGCCGACACUGCGGCAGCCGAACCCAGCCCACCACGUGCCACACUCGCAUCAGCACCAGAGGUCCAUAAGCAGCGGUGGCAUGAAGAUGCAGCACAUCCUGGCCUCGCCAUUGCCGCAGACACCGGACCAGACGCCGUCGGCAUCUUCGGCCACGCCGCGCACGCCCUUAUUCCCUCGACACGCCCAAGUCGCGGUGCCACCGCCACCAUCAUCAUCACAUCACCAUGGCGACAACGCCAGCAACAAAAGGGCCUCAGCACACGACCUACCCUAUCCGCCAGCGAAGCGACCACGAUCAGCACAUGCGCAAGACGCAAUCGAGGCCGACGGCGCGCAUCCCGAACCGAAGAGAGAGCCACCGACGGCAGACGACGGGAACCCCGCGGGCGAGAUUCCGAUACGGGGCGGGCAGGUGGGCGACUCUGCGGGGCCCCCACAGGCGGUGGGAGUCGAGGACGCGAACGUCCUCCAACGCAUACUGGAUGGUGUCACCGGGCUUCACCAGAGGAUGGAGGGGCUGCACCGGGACCUGGGCCAGAGAUUCGACGCGCUGGACGACCGACUGCAGCGGCUGGAGGACUGGAUGACGGGCCGCUGCGUCGAGGUCGAGCGAAAGGGGAGCCUCAGGUUCCACAGCACUGGGCUCCAAUGA